AUGGUUGCUGGCCUGAAGCACAAGAUUGUCAUAUUCCUGUCCCACCCGCAUUCCUUCAAUCUACCAAGGAAGCAGGCAAAGACCAAAUCUUGGGACAGUACCACCCAUCAUCUGGUUAUAUAUUCGGAAAGGCGCCAAAUAUCCUCGAGGCCAUGGAAAGUGACCAGUUUGCUUACCGGUGACAUCACACUCCAUUUUACCCCUUUCAAGACCAAGCAGAAUUUGAACUGGGAAAAUUCCUCUGUGAACGCUUCACACAAAGUGAUAUUGACUGGUUUCUCAAGCUUGAAUGGGUUUGUACACCAAGCUAAACCAUUGUUCGGUUCCAAAGACAAGCUACUUGCAUGGAUGGCCUCUCUUCCCACUGGACCAAAAUGGCAUUCAACGACGCUCGAAAUAACAGGAUACCCAACCGUUCAACCGAUACAGCUCAUCUGGCGCAAUGGCCUAGAUGUGGUAGAAGAUCUCUUUGCUAACCCAAUCUUCGCAAACCACAUGACAUAUGACCCACACAUUGUGGUUGAUGGAGCGAAACAAGCAUUCGAGAUUCAGGACCAGCUUCCCAUAGGUGCUACCAUAGUUCCAAUAAUCGUUGCAUCUGACAAAAUGCCCAUGACGUGGCACACUGGAGGGCUCGAAAUGCACCCUAUCUUUGUCUCGCUCGCUAACAUCCAGUCUGACGUGCAGAUGAGAGCAACAAGCCACACUUGGCGAUGUGUUGGCUUCAUGCUGAUUCCAAAAUUUUCUGACGUCCAUACUGACUACCAAACUAUUCUGAGUCAACGGUUAUUCCACAAGUGCAUGGAUAUCAUCUUCGCAGAUGCUAAGGUCGCAGCUAUGGCAGGCAAGUUUAUGCCCGAUCCAUCUGGCCAUGUACGACACUGCUUCACACCUUUGGCUGCUUACACCGCAGAUUUACCAAAACAACAAGCUAUAGCAUGUGUCUCAAAGGUCGCCUCUCCUGUCACGUUGGCCACAUCUCAAUCCUUUGGCGACAGUCAUCGCCACAUGCCAUGCACGAAAGAACACACCCUUUCAGUGAUAUAUGACAUCUGUCAAUGCAUUGAUCCAUGGAGGUUGCGAGAGUUUCAGGAGGAAGCCAAGGCUCACUUGCUAAGUGGUGUUCACCAACCAUUUUGGCGGAAUUGGCGGUUCACAGAUCCUGCUUGCUUCUUAGCAGGGGAAAUUCUCCAUACCUGCCAUAAAUUCUUCUUCGAUCACCCAUUCAAGUGGUCGAAAGAACUGGUGGGUAAGGACGAGCUCGAUGCCCAAUUCCAAAGCCACCAUAAGCGAGUAGGAACGCGCCAUUUUUCAUCUGGAGUAUGUCAGAUGAAACAAAUGACUGGCUGGGAACACCGGGACUUGCAAUGCACCUUGGUACCUUCCAUUGCCGGGGUCGUGCCUCCCCCGUUCAUUCACGCAAUUCACGCUUUGAUCGACUUUAUUUAUAAGGCCCAAAGCCCUGUUUACACUGAUAGCUCCAUUGAUUCCAUGGUUGCGUCUCUCAGAGAGUUCCAUGAUCAUAAGCAAGCAGUCUUAGAUGCAGGAGCUAGACAAGGCACCAAAGGAAUGAUCGACAACUUCCUUAUCCCAAAACUCGAGCUUUUGCAGAGUUUUGCUGCAUUCACCAAGGAUAUAGGCACCCUCAUCCAAUGGACUGCAGAUGUCACCAAGCGCCUUCUCAUCACUCAUUGCAAGCUUCCUUUUGACAGGACAUCUCGCCAGUCAUGCACCUUUACAGAGCAGAUUGUUGAUAUUCUCAACUGCGAGGAAUCAAUGCAGCGAUUUAAGUUGUACCUCUUCCUGCGGAUGCACGACACCCCCCUCACCAAUGCCAUAGUCACAGAAGAGCAAGAAAUUACUGAAACCGACCCUGCUCUUGCAUGGAUUGCCCGCAUCACACCUGGUGAUCCAAAUCAGUGGUGUUUUGUUGGACCUCAUCCGGUUCGAAACCAUUUUCUGAAGGGUAUACUGUCUUCCACUGCGACGACUGCAUUCCACAUUACCGUCACUCCUGAUCGAGCCAAAAUGUCUGUCAAUGACAUCAGGAAACCUGCAUUUUCCCUGAUUGACCUGCAUGGUCUGACAGCCAUAAUAAGCUGCCUACCUCAGAGUAUGACAUAUCAUAUGUCUGACAUCAGACCAGGCAGAUCAUUCAGGAAAAACACACAUAUAUUCCAUCAGAACACCAAUACCAACAGACCUAUCAUAUAA